GCUCAAGGAGUCAAAACCCUAGCCAAAGUUGCAGUUUAGAGCACCAGCCACAUUCCUAGCUUCAAACGAUUCACUUGCUCUGCAAUGGGUUCCAGCGAGUUGGGCUGCACUUAUGCCUCUCUGAUUCUCCACGACGAAGAGAUCCCAAUCACCGCGGAGAAGAUUAACACUUUGUUGAAGGCUGCUAAUGUUACCGUUGAGGCAUUCUGGCCCAGCCUCUUCGCAAAGCUUGCUCAGAAGAGGAACAUCGAGGAUCUCGUCUUGAACGCCGGAUCUGGUGGCGGUGGUGCCGUCGCCGUCGCAGCUCCUGCUGGCGGUGCCGCCGCUGGUGGUGCUGCUGAAGCCGCACCUGCCAAGGAGGAGAAGAAGGAGGAGCCCAAGGAAGAGAGUGACGAUGACAUGGGCUUCAGUUUGUUUGAUUAGUUCUUUUCUUUCUUUUAGUUUGUUAUAGCCAAACUAGUAUUCCUUCCAACGAAGGGUCUCGGGAAAACUUUUGCUCUAUAGUUUUUUUUUUUGUUGAAUUGAAUUUUAGCCAAACGAUAUCUCAAUUAAGUGUUGAAUUUUGUGGUUAUUAUUUUCUUUUUGAAUAUUCGUAGCCGAUGGAUUUUUCUAA